GACCAGCCCUAGAGCCUCAGCCGGGAGCUGGUGGCCAGCGGCGCUGGGCCCAGGCUGCAGGGCCAGCGUGACGGCAGAGGCCAACGGACGCUGCGCGGGUCAGUGAGGAGGGCGGCGGGCUGCCAGUUGUGGGGCGCGCUACCAAGAGUGCACGGAAAGGGGCUGGAGGGUAUGCCUCCCAAGAACAAUGCAAAGAAGCUCCAUAUAAACCUCAGCUCUGGUGAAGAUGAGCAGAUGGCUCUCCUGCUGGGGUCUCUCAUUGGUCUGGUGGAAGGAGGACCAGCAGCAGGCAUGAUGAGCACCAAGGCCUUUAUAUUAGUCUCUGCUGUGGAGCGGGAGCUGCUCACAGGUGACAGGGAGCGCAUCAGCAUUGAGUGUGUGGAGUGCUGCGGCAGGAACCUCUACGUGGGUACCACCGACGGCUCCAUCUACCACUUCCUGCUGGAGGAGAAGGCUCUGCCUGCUGGGACAGCCACAUUCACUGCCACAAAGCAGCUGCACAGACACCUGGGUUUCAAGAAGCCAGUGAAUGAGCUGCGAGCGGCGUCAGCUCUCCACAGACUGCUGGUGCUCUGUGACAGCUCCAUAACACUGGUUAACAUGCUGAACCUGGAGCCUGUCCCUUCAGGGGCCCGCAUCAAAGGGGCUGUGGCGUUGGCUUUGAACGAGAACCCUGUGAGCAGGGACCCAUUUUGUGUGGAGGUCUGCAUCAUCUCUGUGAAACGCAGAACCAUUCAGGUAUUCCUGGUGUACGAGGACCGGGUUCAGAUCAUCAGGGAAGUAUCCACCCCUGAGCAGCCCCUGGCUGUGGCUGUGGAUGGACACUUCCUGUGUCUGGCUCUGACCACCCAGUACAUCAUCCUGAACUACAAUACAGGCAUCGCCCAGGACCUGUUCCCAUACUGCAGUGAGGAGAAGCACCCCAUCGUCAAGAGAAUAGGGAAACAGGAAUUCCUCUUGGCGGGCCCGGGAGGACUGGGAAUGUUUGCCACAGUUGCUGGGAUUUCUCAGCGAGCUCCUGUGCACUGGUCAGAGAAUGUGACUGGGGCGGCCGUGUGCUUCCCGUAUGUCAUAGCACUCGAUGACGAAUUCAUCACAGUUCACAGCAUGUUGGAUCAGCAGCUAAAGCAGACCCUGCCCUUUAAAGAAGGCCAUAUUUUACAGGAUUUUGAAGGAAGAGUGAUUGUCGCCACAAGUAAAGCCGUUUACAUCUUGGUUCCAUUACCUCUAGAAAAACAAAUACAGGAUCUUCUAGCGAGCCAUAGAGUGGAGGAGGCUUUGGUUUUAGCAAAAGGAGCCCGGAGGAACAUUCCAAAGGAAAAAUUUCAGGUGAUGUACAGAAGGGUUCUGCAGCAGGCGGGGUUCAUACAGUUUGCACAACUUCAGUUCCUGGAAGCUAAAGAGCUCUUCAGAAGCGGCCAGCUUGAUGUCCGGGAGCUGAUCUCUCUCUACCCCUUCCUGUUGCCUACCUCCUCUUCAUUCACACGGUCUCACCCUCCUCUCCAUGAGUACGCAGACCUGAACCAGCUGACCCAAGGGGACCAGGAGAAGAUGGCUAAAUGCAAGCGCUUCCUCAUGAGCUACUUGAAUGAAGUCCGCAGCACAGAGGUAGCAAACGGCUAUAAGGAAGACAUUGAUACAGCCUUGCUCAAGCUAUAUGCUGAGGAUGACCAUGACAGUCUGCUUGACCUGCUGGUCACCGAGAACUCCUGUCUCCUAACAGACAGUGCUGCCUGGCUAGAGAAGCACAAAAAGUAUUUUGCACUUGGGCUGCUCUAUCAUUAUAAUAACCAAGAUGCGGCUGCAGUUCAGUUGUGGGUGAACAUAGUGAAUGGGGACAUUCACGACUCCACACGCUCAGACCUGUACGAGUAUGUCAUCGAUUUCCUUACCUACAGCUCGGACCAAGAGCUAGUGUGGAAGUAUGCCGACUGGGCCUUGCAGAAAAGUGAGGAGGUAGGAGUUCAGGUUUUCACCAAGAGACCUUUGGAGAAAGAGCAGAACAGUUUUAAUCCAGAUGAUAUUCUCACUUGCCUUAAGAAAUACCCUGAUGCCCUUGUCAAAUACCUGGAACAUCUAGUCAUGGACAGGAAACUGCAGCGGGAAGAGUACCACACGCACUUGGCUGUCCUCUACCUGGACAAGGUGCUGCAGCAGAGGCCCAGGGCUGACAGCAUGGGUACAGAAGUGACUGAGGCACAGGCAAAGCUACGACACCUGCUGCAGAAAUCUGAUGUAUACCGAGUUCGCUUUCUGAUGGAGAAGGUACAGGGUGCCAGCCUGCCCAUGGAGCGUGCCAUCCUGCACGGAAAGCUGGAAGAGCAUGAGAAGGCGCUGCACAUCCUGGUGCAUGAACUGAGAGACAUCCCAGCGGCCGAAGACUACUGCCUCUGGCGCUCUGAGGGCAGGGACCCGGCCUACCGGCAGCAGCUCUUCCACACACUGCUCACCCUUUACCUGAGCCCUAGCUCCUCGGCUCCUGAGCUGGCUGUGGCUGCUGUGGACCUCCUGAACCACCAUGCUGCGGAGUUUGAUGCUGCUCAGGUCCUGCCGCUGCUGCCAGGUAGCUGGUCGGUGCAGCUGCUCUGCCCGUUCCUGACUGGGGCCAUGAGGGACAGUGUGCACACCAGGAGGACCGCUCAGGUGGCUCUUGGCCUGGCUAAGUCUGAAAACUUAAUCUACAAAUGUGAUAAGAUGAGGUUGAAAGGAAGCUCAUUUCGGCUCUCAGACAAAAAUCUGUGCCAGACAUGUCAGAAUCCCUUCUGUGAGCCCGUGUUUGUUAGAUACCCAAAUGGUGGUCUUGUCCACACCCACUGUGCUGCCAGCAGACACAUGGACCCCAGUUCCCCCAGACCUGGUGCACGGACUUGAAGGGCUGCCCAGGGGUGCCAGGGGGACCUUGAGUUCUUGAUGCAUCCAGCCUGCUGGGUACAAAAAGCAGAAAGCAUGGCACUAUGUCAGCCAAGAUAAAGGGUGACAUCUGGGUGCCCGGGAGACUUCAGUCAAUGUGAAACAAGGACUCUUCCCUGCUCUCCAAUCUGCACUGAAUGUAAAUGAAAAACCCGAAAAGAGAGACAUGUGAGAGUUCGCCAUCCAGACACAUGGUCAUCCGAAACAGAUGUCUACUUGGAAAGAAAAAGAAGCCUUUCCAGUGCACUCCAGACAACACCGGAUUUCCCCCACCCCAUCUUCAGGCACACAUUUGCACUGGAAACGUUUGCUUCAGGUUGACAUGCGGGUGAUAGCCUCUCCAGGCUGGGUGAGUGGCCAGGGCACAGAGUCCUGUGAGGGCAGGUUUCACCGUCGCACUUUUCCUUCCUAUGUGGAUGUGUGCUCCAUUCAUGGUUCAGCCACUGGGUCCCAUCUGUUUCCCGAUGACCUUGUGGUCUCUGCUUUUGCCCUUGGCAUGGGCUGACUUAGGGAAGUAUUUCCAUUCCUUCCUGCUUCCCAUCUGGCUCUCAACCCAUAAGAGAUUCUACUUUGUUCACCCAGGCACUACCUUUAGGGUAAAUUCUUAUGCUUCUGGCUGCCUCGCAAGGGAAGGCCUUACACAAUACUGUUAAGGCUGAGAGAAGCUGCAUGCCCAUCUUAGAGAUGACAGCAGAGACGGGGAGCCAUGGUUGGGCAGGGCCCAGGCAUGGCACUGUCACUGUCACAGCACCUGCGGACCAGAAACUCCACCGUUAACAGGUGUGACUAAAAAUUUUUAUUUGAAGUUAUAUCAUCUUUGUAGUAUUUCUCAAUUAGAAAUUCACCUGUCAUAUUUGUUAGUGAUGUUUUUCUUAUUAAAAUGUACCUUCCAUUGAAUACUUGGGAAAUCAAAAGGGAAACGUUAUGAGCACAAACUGAACGUAUUUUCAGGAUAGGCUGUUUUACCCUCACUCUCAGUAGGGCAGACAGUCAGUGACAGCUACCUUUGCACAUGGUAGAGAUGCCACCUUUCCUAUAGGUAAUGCCACACACCCUGAUAGGGAACUCCAGUCGGGCUGCCUUACCUCCAGCACUUUACACACCUGCUCUGAGGUUUCCUGAACACAUAGCAAAAAUGUCUCUUGUUCCUCAGACUGCAAGUUCAUUUGGUGUUUCUGUCAAAAAUUGUGGAGAGGCUGAAACUUUUGUUACUACACUGCCCUCAUUUGAAUUUCUUCAUUUUAAUUAUUGACUCUGUUAGGAACUAACAGUAAAGACACUGUACCCCCUGGCAUAAUGCUUGGAAACAAGCAUCAACUUCUCUGUGUGAGAAGGAGGACCCUGGAACACCUGCUGCCUGUCAGCCUAAGCCUUACAGACUGUGAAAAGAGCUCAUUCUCCAAGCUUUAAAACAUGUUUCCUGUGCUCAUAAUGGUCAGUGUUCCUUUUCCUGUGAUUCCAGCUGGGCCAAGAAAGCAAAGGCAUCCACACAUUCAUUCCUAACUGUGUUUCAGUGAUCUAAAGAAUAAAUGAUGAAGAAAUGCUCCUUGUAAGUCAACCAUGUGCUGUACAUUGGUAUGGAUUCAAAGCCCGGUCAUGCAUUUUACCCUGUGGAUGGCUUUCUUGCGGAAUCGUCAUAUUACUGUGCACAUUAGCAUUACAACUUAUGAGCUUGGAUUUACUCCUCAAAGAACGAGUGACUAGUACAUGCAGCACUGCUCUUUUAAAAGCACUGUUUCUCUCUACUCAAAUGGGUAUAAUCUUGAAAAAGUCUUGUGAUUGCUCAUUCCUAACUUGGGGGCACUAGUCUCUUUUUCUUGGAAUAUUGAUCAAUAUUUUGAAGUACAUAUUCCUUUAGAAUAAUGGGAAUUAAAGUUGAACAGUUCUCCAUCUCUCCUGAACCCCUUAAGAUGGGCAGAAUUCUAUGACACUGUGCAGAAUUACUUCCUGUGUUCAAAACCGUACCUUUCUCGAACUCCCAUGAGGCUCUUCUCAAAUCAUAUUUUUAAAAGAAACACAUGAUUCUUUCUGUAGUUUUGCUGUUUUAUGACUGUGUUGAGCAAUUAGAAUCAUCACUCAGCCCUUUUUUCCCUCAUUAGGUUUGGUAUAACAGUUCUAGGUAAAACAGCAUGAACAGAACUCAGUUGGCAUUAAUAUUCUCUGGGCAAUACUGUUUAAUUUUAUUAAGUGUUUGUCAUCUGUUGCCUAUCAGGCAUUCGUAUAGGAGCAUUGUGCUGGCUGUGGAGCACGGACCUGCACUCAGCACUAGACCGCCAGUGCUGAGUCAGUGCGCUCUCUCCUGCUGUUCAGGGAGGGGCCACAGGGCACACCCUCGAACUGACACCUGUCACAUGGCUAGGUAGCCCUUGCUUUUUGCUUGCUCUUCUAUAGAAGCCCUUGUCCUUGCAACUCUGUCCUUUGCCCCUGGUUGGGUCCCAAAUACACAAGAUGUACAAAUGUAAACUUGUUGAUUUUAUUAAAAUUCUUUUUAUUCUUU